ACCCGGGCGAGAAAAGAGCGCACAAACCACUGACGCGACGAGAAGGCUUAGCUCAGCUCGUGGAAUUGAAGGAGCAGCCUAGCAGCGUUCAGAGCCUGUUCAACUUUAUCUGCACUCAAAAGACAAGCUGAAAAGAUGUCCACAUACACAUCCGCGGACUCACCUCCCGCCAGUCCCUCGGUCUACGGGAUGAAAUUCGACACAGCCUACCGCAAGAAAGCCGUGCCUUACAUCUUUGAGAAUGUAAACCAGGACGUGCUAAUGAAGCUGUUUCAGAAAACGGGGGACAUAAAGGCGGAAGAAAGGGUGAGAAGCAUCUACUCUUACGGCCAAGACCAAGAGGAGACGUGCAAGGCGCUUAUGGCACUAAAGCAACGAAAGAAAGACAAGUUCGUCCAGAUCGCAGGCUUUGCCAGACAGUCGCUGAAACUCCAGUGACUCCUCUGUUCUGCACUGCGGCGAAGAAGAACCCGGACUCGACGGCGCUUUGCUUGCCCUGGCAGAGCGAGGAAGAGCGGACAGAUCAUAUGCCUGUGAGACAAGUCCGAGCUGUGGCGUCGUAAGAAGAAAACGAAUUGUUACAAUCGUCAAUGAAGUUGUGGCCACCGCUGCUUAUCGCACAAGUUGAAAUGACUGAACUGAUACGCGAGACUUUUUUAUGGACCCCGAGACGGAGAACGCGAACUGUUCGACCCGACGGUUCAGUCGUGACGAUGUUUCUGCAUUUGUUCAAAUGCUUUGGGUUGCAAGCUGCACCUCAUAGGUGCAUCGACGAGCUUCUCGGCGGUAUAAGAACUGUUACUUGAGGCUGGUCCCGAAGUCACAGCUGGCCCCGCUGGAACGGUGGAGAACGAAAUGCCUGUCUCUGUACCUGUUUUAUUUUAUUUUUAUUUAAUUGAUACGUAUUUUCACACUGUGGUCAUUAGACUUGAAACCACUGUCUUAAUUAAAAACUUUUAUGUUAGUAACAUAUCAUGAAUUCCACGUUUUGUGAUAAGCUUAAUAAAUGACUUUUUAAAAGAAAA